AAAAAGGUAGGCAAGGACGGCCGUUGGAGUGUAGUGUUUCGGUGUUGCCAGUGACCGGUGAACAGACAUACGCACACACACAGCACCAAGAUGACGCAGAAGAACUCCCGAAGGACAGCACUUCCUCCCCUCCUGGCGGUGCUGGUGGCGGUGCUGGUGGCGGUGACAGCAACAGCCUCGCCCACACCCCAGUUCGGCACCCAGGUAGUCUACAACACCAUACCGCCGGGCGUGAGGACAAGAGGCGUGCCGCAGCGAUGCAACCCAGGCUGUCCCCGCAUCUACCUCCCGGUGUGCGGCACGGACAGCAAGAACUACGUCAACCUCUGCGUCCUCCAGUACCACGAGUGUACCUACAGGAACGUGUCCCUGGCCUACCCGAGGGAGUGCGUGCCCGGUGUCGGUGGAGGCAGAGGGGUGCAAAAUGGAGUAUACCCAUCGCAGUGCCCCACCCUGUGCCGCGCCGUCUACGACCCCGUGUGUGGGAGUGACGGGAAGACUUACGCCAACCUGUGCAUCCUCCAAGCCGUCUCCUGCAAGAACCGCGCCCUCAGCCUCACCGUCCAGUACGAGGGGGAGUGUGUCCCCCAGGCCGCCUCGUGCCCCGUGUUGUGCCCUGCCGUCUACAACCCCGUUUGCGGCACAGACGGACAGACUUACAGUAACCAGUGCGUCUUGGAUUCCACCGCCUGCAACGACCCGAGCCUCACCACCGCCAGCCAGGGGGAGUGCUCCGUCCCCCAGCAAGGACAGUUCCCAGUCGACACUCCCACAAGGCGUAUCCCCGGCUUGGUCCCGCCUCGUGACACCCCCAGCAUCUUCCCGAACUCCCGAGGCUCCUGCCCCAACAACUGUGACCGCGAAUACAACCCCGUGUGUGGUAGUGACGCGAAGACCUACUACAACAGAUGCAUCAUGAACCUGGUGGCCUGCCGGGAGAGGAUCAGCAUCAGAGUCUCGUAUGUUGGGAGAUGCGAUGGAGCAGGAGGAGUGGUGGCCGAGCAGCAGGACCAGCAGCAGCAGCAGCAGCAGCAGCAACUGUAGUAGGAGAAUCAAAAUCAGGAGGGCAUUUCGUCAGCCAAUGAGAGAACAAGCAACAACCCACUCAAGAAGGAAAACGUUCACUGGCUGACCCCAACACCGACUGGAGGAUAUUACACUAUUACAAUUACUUUUUAUUACUUCUCCUAUCCUCCUCCUCCACCUAGUACAACAGCAACAACAACAACAACAACUAGUACUACUACUACUACUACCACCACCACUAUUACUUGUGUAGAGUCAAAGGCUUCUCGUCUCAUCAGCUCCCCUCCUAUCACUGAGUGUCUUCUACCUCCUAAACUUAACCGCAAACUGUUCUUCUGGACCUGCUAACUGAAUACCUCCACCACUCUCACGACUAUCUACUCCGGCUCAUCCCUGUGUUGUCCAAAUUUCACACGCAAGAGGUGACCAGUAUUUUCAAUCUUUCAUCCUUUUGCAAGUAAACUUUAGAACAGCCUUCAUUUAUUUGUAUUUUAUCUUAAACCGAAUCUGAUCCUCUUCUUAGGAUCAUCUCCCAUCCUCUGUUUGCGGGAGCAGUGCUGUAGAUUGUAGAAGACUUUUUUACAAUCUUAGUUUCAUCCUGCAGUUCCCUCCCUUGUUGUAAAAUAUAAGCCUCUGUUAACUUUACUGCAAUAGUUAUGCUUCAUCAACAUGCAUAAUAUUGUGAAAAAAUAAAAUAAAUUAUAUUCUUCAUAUUCGUAUUAUUAUUAUUAUUAUUAUUAUUAUUAUUAUUAUUAUUAUUAUUAUUAUUAUUAUUAUUGUUGUUGUUGUUGUUGCUAUUAUUAUUAUUAUUACUAUUAUUGUUAUUGCUAUUCUCGUUAUCAUUAGGACCACUUGAACAGAAAUAGCCUAAAAGAUCGUAAAUUGUUCAUUUUUGUUGUGGUUGUAUCUCUAGUUUUACUAAGCUUUAAUAGAGAGGAUUUGAGUUGAUCUCAUUUUGGCCUGUCUUCAUAUUUACUUUUCCUCAAAUAAGCCUUAAAGUCGUGGAUGUUCCUCCACUUCAAUUUCGUUCGAAGCAUUAAUACUUCUAUAUAGGAAACUAAACUUCUUAAUGUUUUUAUUCCGUACCUAGAGUUCCAUAAAUUGUACUCAUGACUAUGUGUUCUUCCUUUGUCUGUAACCAAAAGGUCCUCCCUGUAUAUAUUUUGUAAUCCAGUAACUGAUUAAAACAUAGCGAAGUCUCA